ACCAGUCCUCCCCUCUCUCCCAUGUUUCCUGACCCACACACACAUCAUGGGCUGGUAACAAACAUAAGGACAACCUAGGGCUUGAUUUGCUCUUUUGACAGCCUAGCCUUGUUUUUUUCCCUUCCUGCUGGUACUUGGUCCCAGCUGGAAGUGUAUAGUUUUUUCUCCUAUGCCACUUUAAGCAACAGGUGCCAUUUAUUUUGCUUCCUUGUAGGGGGCCUUGGCACAAGCGCAAGUUUUAUUGGGACUUUAACAGGAAAGGCACAGAGAGCCAUUGUGCUGCUUUCGAUCGGAAAACUAUUCUGGACCUGGGAAUUGACUCUUGAGAUUGUGUUUUCAGCCUGUUAGUGCAUGAGAGAGAUGGAAGCGCGGUCCUCCACCAUCACGACUACCAUAGUCGAGACCAAGAAUGACCUGAGCGCACAUCCCACACGUUCGUCCAAACGCACCUUAACCGAUGACCUGUACACCACAUUCAGCUCCCCCAUGGCCUGGAUCCUCGUGCUGGCUCUCAUCAUAACCUGGUCGGCCGUGGCGGUCAUUAUGUUUGACCUGCUUGACAGUAAGGGUCUUGAAGGACCUCAGCCACACCGUGUCAGGAAAACAUUAAAGGAAGCAGGCAGCCUUAGAGGGGGUAUUCAGCACAUCAGCUCUGAUCCCAUGAAGGCAGUGAACGAAGCCAUGGACGACUCUACCGACUGGAUAACGUCAAUCUUGACUUUUAUGACUAAUUUGGUAGCCCCGGAAGAGGAGGAGGAGGAGGAAGGCGAGCGUCAUUUUGUGAGGAAAAAAGGAGAAUUCUUGCCACCGAGGAAAAAAGUUGCAGAGAUACGGGCCAAGGAGAUGUUAGAAGAGGAAGGGGAGUAUGAGGAGGAGGAGGAGGAGGAGGAGGAGGAUGAGGAAGAUGAGGGGCUUGCUGAAGAAGAGGAGGAAGAAGAAGAAGAUGAUGAAGAUGAAGAGGAGGAAGAGGAUGAAGAAGAGAUCGAGGAAGAGGAGGAAGAAGAUGAAGAAGAGGAAGAAGAUGAGAUCAUGGAGGAGGACGACGAGGAUGAAGUAGAAGAAGAAGAAGAAGAAGAAGAAGAAGAAGAAGAAGAAGGAGAGAUCAAGGAAGAGGAGGAGGAAGAGGAUGAAUUAGAACAAGAAGAAGAAGAGGAGAUCAAGGAUGAGGAGGAAGAGGAUGAAGUAGAAGAAGAGGGGGGUGAACAAGAAGAGGAGGAGGAAUUAGCAGAGGAAGAGAAAGAGGAGCCAGAAGCUGAGGAGGAAGAGGAGGAGGAAGCAGCAGCAGCAAAGGAAGCUGUGGACGAGGAGGGAAAAGAAGAGGAGGCUGAAGAAAAGGAGAAAGAAGAAGGUGCAGCUGAUGCUGAUGCUGAUGCUGAGGAAGAAGCAGAAGAUGAAAAGGAAGCGUCAGUAGCUGUGGAAAAAGGUAAGGAGGAAGAGGGAGCUGAAGAGGAAGAGGAACACAAAGAGGAAACUGCUCCUGCUCCUGCUGUUGAAAAGGAAGAUACGUCUAUUCUUGAACCUGAAGAACAAGUCACUUCUAAAGAAUCUGAAGCGGUUGAUGAGGUGGAGGAAGAGGACAAAACUGAUGUAGACAAAGAACCACCCGAGGAUGAAGAGAAAAAAGAAGAUAUUCCUGCUGAUGAUAAAGAGAAAAAAGAAGCAGUAGGUGAUGCUGACAUUACUGAUGAUGACCAAAAAGAUGACCAAAGUGAGGAGAAAGAUGAUGACGAUGAGGUCGAAGAUGCUGAUAUUGCCAUUGCUCUUGGUAUUAUAGCUGAUGCUGGUGCUACAGUAACUGAUGCUGAAGCCCAAGAAACUGGUGAGGAACCUUUGCUUCUUAAAGCUGACGGUGAUUCAGAGCUAUUAACAACCAUAGAGGAGAGUGCUGCUAAAGCUGAUGAUGCAGUAGCUGAUUUAGCUGACUCACAAGAUGGCUUAGCCGCUACUGAUAUGCCAUAUGAUGACCAUGAUGAUAAGGUAGCAAAAGAGCUCGCUGAUGAUCGUGGUGAGGUUACAGAAGACAGUCUUAAAGAUGAGACUGGUGCUGAACUGAAAGACGCCGACUCUGAAAAAGAUAUAACAAGUGAGGAUGUUAUUGAGGAGCCUGAGCUAGCUGAUGAUGUUGCAGAUAAGGAGGAGCAGGAGGAAGAGGGAAAAGAGGAGGGAGAGGAACAGAUAAGGGGUGAGGAUGAGGAAGAUGAUGAUGAUAUUAUAGUAACAACACCUGUAGUUAGUUCCAAACCAGGUGGAGAUGAGACAGGCGUGGUGGCUGAUGAAGAUGAUGGCUCUUCACUUGAGAAAGACAUAACAACCCUGAAACAAGAAGAGAAAGAUGAUAAGGAUGAAAGCGCAGGCGAAGAGGAAACUGCCGAAAAAGCUCCAGAACCAGAACCGGUCCCUAAAGCCGAGGAAGUGAAGGAAAAAGAAGCAGAGAAACCUGUGGCUGAGGCUGAAAAAGAAGACAAACAAAAAGAGCCCUCUACCUGUCCUUGUAUGCAUUCAGUAGCACAAAAAGAGCCUCAAAAAGCCCAGGACAUUAAACCAAAGGAAGGAAAAGCUGAACCUGAUAAAGUACAGAAAAGAGCUAAAAGAGUCACCCUUGAGCACAAGAAAACAGAAACAAAGAGAAGGGAACCCCUGCUUAAACAGAGAAAAGAAAAAGAGGCUCCAAUGAGAACAAGACCAGAGAAAGCAAAGAAAGCUCCGAAAGCAAAGGCAGCGGCUGUCAACAUACCCAAAAUGAAAAGAUCUCGAGCCUCAGAGGACAUGGAGGUGUCGGCUGCUCCGGCUCCGAUAGAGGAGCUUCCUAUGUGCCGACCGACACCUGUGUACUGCCCAGCGCCACCUGGCUGGUAUGUGCAUCAUAUAGUUACAAGUAGCCCAUUACCACCAUCGGCUAUUCCAGAAUCAGAAGUUCCGAUUUUAACAACUCACCAAGCACCCACUGUACCGAAAGAAGCUGCUAAGGCGAAGCCAAAACGAGUCACUAAGAACAAAGAACCGGCUGCGCCUAAAGAAAAAGCCAAACCAGCUCCUGAGCAAAAGGAGCCCACAGUAACUAAAGCCAAAGUAAAAGCUCCAGUGGCGAAGAAAGAGCCAACAGCUGUGAAGAGGUCUAAAAGGACAGAGCGUGCGACCACUAAAGAGAAGCCAAAACCCACCUCUACUAAGAAAGAGCCAGCAGUAGCAAAGAAGGCAAAAGUAACAACAACCUCACCUAAAGAGGAAAAAGCUGUAAAGGAAGUGAAGCCCAAAGCAGAGGUGAAGAAAAAGGCCACAUCAACACCGAAAGCCAAACAAGCUAUUAAAGAAGAAGCUAUGGGAACACAGGGUCCAGAUGAGAAGAAAAUGGCAGAAGAAACCAAAGAGAAAGCAGCUGAGGCACCAGCACCAGCAAAAGACCUGAAAGUGGAGGAAAACGUCACAGAAGGCAAAAAGCCAGGCAAGAUACCGUACUUUCAGUGCGUUUUAAUGAGUUCAAAAUCCAGCCAAUAUCCACUGCGGCCCAUGUCCCCUGCUAUGAGUCCAGCUAUUAACCCCACCAUGAUGAGAGCCAUGAUGGAGCAGAGGGCUGCAUUACUGCAGCAGAAAGCCCGUGCAGCUGGCCAGUAACUGGACGACAGACCCCGUCCGGCCCCGGCAGGUGCAACUGCUAAUGAACUGCUGUAAAAACACAAGUGCUGCUGGGCUCUGAGGAGCCACCCUCCUAAACCAUCCAUAACCUUAACAAAUAACGAGUGGAGGUCCCUGGUUUCUCAGCUGACGUUCUCCAUUCGUUCAUAAUCAUUUCUGAAUUCGACCAGUUUCACAAUUUUGACAGAAAAGGCAUAUAUAAAUUAUAAAUGUACAUUUUGAAAUAUUUAACGCAUAAACACCUUCCAAAGAAAUGUUGUGUUACCGGGUAGAUUUACUUUUCUAUUUAUUUGAGAUCUUAAAUCAUCUGUUUACAUUUUUUUGCAGGGAAGAUUCUCUCUCUCUUUUUUUUUCUUAUUGUACAUACUCAACGGUGAAGCAAAUUUAAAACUGGUUAAAUAAUUUAAGUGUUGCUCUAAAUAUUCAGAUAUUUAUUUUUCUAUGUCAGAGUAUAUGAUCCCAUUACGGAAAGAAAUCUAACAGCGCACACUCACUUAGGGCCUUAUCUUUUGGCCCAGGCCAUUUCCUUUGACUCACUGCUAAUACGAUUAUGUCUAGUGUGUCUGGGUUCUAGCAGGGUUUGCGAUCUCUCUGCAUUUGUAUGCAUGGCCAUUAGAAAACAGGAGGACGCCAUUUGGACAGAAUCCGAUUUCUAUCUUAACCAAUGAAAAGAGCUUACAUGCUUAUAGAAUCGAAAGAGACGUUAAGAAAUGAAGGCACACAAAAGCCUAUGGGCUCUAAAUGACGAAAGGCUUGCGUUUUACUUGACUGAGACUUUUCUUGAGCAUCUCUUUAGUUAAUUGAAACCCCUUAUUGGAGGUUAUUAGAUUUAUGGUAGUGAAUUGAAUUGCGUAUGGAUAUGUGAAAUCUAAUUUUUUCGAAUAGCAGUUGUGCUACUUUUGUAACGUAUACAGUAAAUACAGUGUUUGUCCAUAGUUUUCUCUGCUUUCCUAGGUCAGCGGUCUUCAGCCUUUUUCAAAGCAAACCCUUUGCUGAUACACACAUUAGCUGCAGUUUAGGCCUGGCCUAAAUAUGACAAAAAUAGCACCAUAGCCCUGUGUCUUGGAAGGGGAAAAAAAUUAAUAAAAUAAAUCUUAAUAUUACUGAAUUGAUGAUGCCAAGUUGAUUUUCCUUAGGAUUUUUUUUUUUUCAGAUUUAAUGUAUUUAUCACACUAUUUGGGUGUAGUAAAACACCAAUGGUUGAAAACAUUUGGUCAUGCUUGCAUUUUCUCCUGUUACUGGCCAUAAUUUUAAACCUAAAAUGAAAAUUAGGCAUGAAAUAGAAUUCAUAUAUGUAAAAACUGAGAAAUGAAUAAAUCUGCAAACUGGAAUCAUGUCUUUGUUGCAGCUUAUUACAAGACUUAAAGACUUAUUUCCCCUACUAAUGGUUGUUGAAAGCCAACAUGCUAUGAAAAUCAUCAUAUCAUAAAAAAAUAAUUUUAAAUAUAUAAUUUGGAACGGGCAAUAGUUUAUUAACACCCCAAAAUUAGAUUUCAUUUAGCAAAUAUGAUGCAAGACAAUGUAAUAUAAUGCUCUUAAAAAUUAUUUAUAAUCAUUAUUUAUAUACGGAGUAAUUUUCUUGUACAAUAUUUUAAAUUUGCAUAUUUAAUACAAAUAUAUAAUAUAAUGUGAGUGGUGAUAUUGUUUACCGCAUUUUAAUGUUUCACAAAAAAAAGCAAAAAAAAAAAGCUUGGCAUUAAAAAUAAUUGGCAGACCCUUUCCAGUCCCAUUGUUGAAGACCCCUGUCCUAGGCAGCCAUCAAACUCUGUCUAUUUACUGUAAAAUACAAUCAUAGAAUAAACAAGAUGUAUGUGUGUAAUAUUUGACUUUACUUCGACCAACAGUGAUUUUCAAGACGGUCACUGUCCAUUCUUGUUCCUGUAACAUAUUGCACCGUUCAGUGCAAAUAUUACGGGUAUGGCGAUUUGAACCAGAAAUGCUUUGUCUUAUUCAAGAACGCCCUGAUCCUUAUUUUCAGUACCUUAAGGAUCAGUAUGACCUAACGCAGGUCCUUGAAUGUAUUCUCAUAAUCCACUGCAGUGGAAAAAAUUCAAAAUGACAAGAAACGAGAGCGAACAGCCGGCCGCAUUUGAGCGCUGCUGUGCAUACGGGCUACAGAUGGUUAUAGAAAGACUGUAUAAUGUUUAUACUGUAGUGACUGCAGCAGAAGGCCGUUUCUCUUUAAUCAGGACAUAGUGAGACAGUUAGCUGUAACUGCUUGACUUUGAACAGAGAAGUAGGCCAGAGAAAUAAUCUCACUUUGAAGUUACAACAUGCGGCUUCCUUCACAAGAGCGCAGAGGACGUCAGCUGUACUGUGGAUAUUCCUGAAACAUAUGCGUGAAUGAACAAUUCGAAUAUCAAUGGCGCUGUCUGAAACGUGCAUAAAACAGACAUAAUGUUUGUCUGACUUUGAGAAAAAAAAAAUCACUGUCAGUUUACAGCGAGAAUGCGAUGUUUACGAGGUGGAACCUCAACUGUUGAUUCUCAGAAGGCUUUUGCGCACUAUAGAUGUAUAAAAUUCAUGUUUAGGGCUUAAAAAUUGUGCUAAGAGGUGAUAGAGGUUAUUGCUACCUGGUCUCGUGGCGUAAAUGUACCCGGGUGCGCUUUUUAGCGAGACACGAAAUACGCACCAAUAAGUGCGCGUCACUGCGGUUUCCAAAAGAAACGAACACUAGAGACAGAGAAACUCUGACACUUUUUAUUCCUUUUCACUCAAAAUGACCAUUUUGAUUAUUGAAGCGUGACUUCACAACGAUAUACAAAUCUGCACAAAAGGCAGUUGAAAUGGCUCGAUUGCAUCAACAAAUGCCUUUCGAUGUCAGUUUUGCAUUUGUUGACACUAUGGGGUUGGUGUAGGGCGCAUUUAGAGCAUUAGCUUUUAGCGACAGUCCUUAGAUAUUUAAAGUAAUAAAACACAGCAUUGUGUAACUAUAGCAACCUGAUAAAAAUGUGGCAGGGUUCACAUAUUGGAUCUGUGUUUCAUAAUUUCUCUCUGAAACUGCGGUGAAACAGCGUUGCGCAAAAAGUGCACAGAGGUACGUAUUUUAAUGAGACCAGGGUGGAUUGUUCUUACAGUUGUUUUUGUUUAUUUUGAAUGUGUUCGGUAUUCGCAUUACCCCUAUGAACACAGAAAAUGUUGGUUUCCGAUGUGCUAAAUUAGCUUGUAACACUGAAUUUCAAUAGAGGCUGCUAAAAGACCUAGAACUUGUCACCCUUUUAAAGCUUUAACAGCCUUGUUAGAGCUUGUUGUAAGUUUAGCUUAUAUAAAAAAAAAAUAUUUUUUUCUUUCACAAAGUUGACAAUUGGUUUGAUUUAGCAGUUUAAUGUCUGAUUGUGCAAUAAUUUGUCAUCACAUCACAAAGACCUAAUUCGCAGUUUUAAAUAUGUCAAACUGUCAUGUUCUUAUGAAUGUUGAAUAAGAUCUGUCAGUAGAACCAAACGGCAUCCUUACUAGUGUUGAUGUUUUUUUUCUUUUAUUCACAUCUUGUUGGAUUUUUAUCUUGGAGUGGGCAAAAUUCUGGUAAUAAAGUAAUCGCUUUGUGCAAACUCGUCUGUGACAGUUACUUAUUCAUGUGGGUGAAAAAUGAAUAUUUUAUUUGCAUAAAUAAUAUGUGCCAAAAGCCAAAUCUGUGAAAGCAAUUAUAAAUAAAAGAUAAAGAAAAA